GAAAGAGAGAGACGGACAUCGGGAUUCAGGACUCCCGAAUCUUGACAGCUGUGGGUGAAGUACGGAAUGGAUAUCUGAGAGGCAUAUACAUCGUCAUUGUUCGCGAGUGGGAAUACUAAUAACUAUUAUCGUCAUUAUUAUAUCCUUGUGAGAGAAACGAAAAAAAAGAAUCAUAAUUGUUUGCCCACUUGCUCACACAAGAAGAGGACUCGUUUGUGAGUGAGAAAGACUGAGAGCAGAUGAGAAGUCGUACCACCGGAUGGUUUUUAUUAUUUGGUGUCUUUUGAUGCACGAACGGACUCUGAAAUGGGUCGCCAUGACGACAGAGCGCUGAGUUAGCGGCUAAUGCGUUAUACGCAUUUGUUUCUGUUAUUGUUUUAUUUUAUCAUUUCCCUAUCUCCUUUAUAGUGCUAAAAUAUGUGGUAACCUCGCUGUCAGAAGACACGGGUGUUGUCAGAUACAAAGAAAGAAAAAGGAGGAGGAGGUGUUAAGAGGUGUUUGUUCCCCUUUCUUUUUUUCGUUUAUCAAUUUUCCACUACGCUCCUUCCUUUUUAUGUCUUCUUUCCUUUCUUUCCGUUUUUCUUUUAUUGUUUUGGGGACACGGACUGGCGCGAAGAAGGUAAAUUGAUGUGCGAGAGCAUGCGACACAUUCAUGACGAAUUACCUCAGAAAAAAAAUACCGAUGGCAUAAACACCGGCUUCAGCACUGAAGUACGAAUAAUCACCUGGAAAGAACCGGAGACGCAUCGACAACAACCCUUUCAUCGCGGGAACUAAUGAGCAAAUCGCAAUAGAAGCGCAUGUUGCACUAACAUCAGGAUGAAGUUCUUUACCGCUCAGUGUCAGCAGUCUUCUUCUUUGCUCCACUGAGGAUACACACACCCUCGCUUCUGCAAAUUUCCUAACUUUCGAAAUCACUGGAGCAGCCUGAAACUCUUCGCCCUUAUCCGUUUCAUUCAUAGUUACCCAUCGCUGGGGCACCACUCACCCCAGGCGAAGCAUGUCAUUGGUGGGCGUGGCACAAUUGCGGCGGGAAACGGCCCGCUCCUGCCCGCGCCGCAUAUCUGACACUUGCCUGGUGUGGCUGCUGGGCUUGGCGCUGCGCCUGGCACUGUCCUCCUGCCAGCGGGCAGACCUCACCGCCGCCAAGCACCCUAUGGUCACCACAGGCUACGGGAAGCUUCGGGGCGUACGCAAGGAGCUGAACAAUGAGAUUCUAGGCCCGGUCGAGCAGUACUUGGGCGUCCCCUACGCCACCCCGCCAGUGGGCGAGAGGCGCUUCCAGCCCCCGGAGGCACCAGGCUCCUGGCAGGAGAUCCGUAAUGCUACCCAGUUUGCACCAGUGUGCCCUCAGAACAUCCACGGAGUGCUGCCAGAGAUCAUGCUUCCCGUAUGGUUCACCGACAACCUGGAUGCAGCUGCGGCAUAUGUACAGAACCAGAGCGAGGACUGCCUUUACCUCAACGUCUACGUACCCACAGAGGAUGGUCCACUCACAAAAAAACAUGAUGAGUCUUCGAUGAACAGGCCGAGGGACGAAGAUAUUAGAGAUCGUCGGAAGAAGCCUGUGAUGUUGUUUAUCCAUGGUGGUUCGUACAUGGAGGGGACAGGAAACAUGUUUGAUGCAAGCGUUCUUGCUGCCUAUGGAAACGUAAUUGUUGUCACUAUGAACUACAGAUUAGGUGUUCUGGGUUUUCUGAGCACUGGAGAUCAGUCUGCAAAGGGGAAUUAUGGGCUACUGGACCAGAUUCAGGCUCUACGUUGGCUCAAUGAGAACAUCGGACACUUUGGAGGAGACCCAGAGAGAAUCACCAUAUUUGGCUCCGGGGCCGGAGCCUCUUGCGUCAACCUUCUCAUCCUAUCCCAUCAUUCUGAAGCCCUGGUUUCAGGAUUGUUCCAGAGGGCCAUUGCUCAGAGUGGCUCCGCCAUAUCCAGCUGGUCAGUGAACUACCGGCCCCUGAUGUACACCAAGAUCCUGGCCAAGAAGGUGGGCUGCAGCUACAGCGACACUGCAGAUCUGGUGGACUGUCUGCGAAGGAAGAGCUUCAGGGAGCUGGUGGAUCAGGAUAUCCAACCUGCCCGUUACCACAUCGCAUUCGGACCAGUGGUGGACGGAGACGUGGUGCCCGAUGACCCUGAGAUCCUCAUGCAGCAGGGGGAGUUCCUGAACUACGACAUCCUGUUGGGGGUGAACCAGGGUGAAGGGCUGAAAUUUGUAGAUGACAGUGAGGGUGAGGAUGGAAUUUCAGCUGCUUCCUUUGACUACACCAUAUCCAACUUUGUGGACAACCUAUACGGAUACCCAGAUGGUAAAGACAUAUUGCGGGAGACUAUAAAGUUCAUGUACACAGAUUGGGCCGACCGUGACAACGGUGACAUGCGGCGGAAAACUCUACUUGCACUUUUCACCGAUCACCAGUGGGUGGCGCCAGCAGUGGCCACAGCUAAGCUGCACGCUGAGUUCCAGUCCCCCGUUUAUUUUUAUACCUUCCACCACCACUGCCAGACGGAGGCGCGACCUGAGUGGGCAGACGCAGCACAUGGUGACGAGAUCCCCUAUGUGUUCGGUGUUCCCAUGGUGGGCGCCACAGAUCUAUUUCCCUGCAACUUUUCCAAGAACGAUGUCAUGCUCAGCGCUGUGGUGAUGACGUACUGGACCAACUUCGCCAAGACGGGUGAUCCGAACAUUCCAGUGCCGCAGGAUACCAAGUUCAUCCAUACUAAGCCCAAUCGCUUUGAAGAAGUUAUCUGGACCAAGUUCAGCUCGAAAGACAAGCAGUACCUCCACAUCGGGUUGAAGCCUCGCAUCCGGGACAAUUACCGUGCCAACAAAGUUGCCUUCUGGCUUGAGCUGGUUCCUCACCUGCACACCCUCCAUGAGGAGAUCAUCACCUCCUUAACCACACGACUGCCGCCUGGCGGCCCGCACCGGCCCGGCUGGAAGGGCACGCCCCAAAGUCCAGGCACACGCUCUACUCGCCAUCCCACGGUUUCGACAUACCCACCCGACCCGGACCUGGAAGGUUCCGAACAGCCUCCUGAGCGCUUCCCGUUCCCGAGUGACACGCGGGACUAUUCGACGGAGCUGAGCGUGACGGUAGCAGUGGGUGCGUCGCUGCUCUUCCUCAACGUACUGGCGUUUGCUGCGUUGUACUACAAACGUGACAAACGGCACGAGCUGCUGCAACGGCGCCAUCGUCGUCUCUCGCCCCAGCGUGGGGCGGCGCCGGGUAUCGGCAUUGUGGGGGCUCCGCCCCAUAACGACCUGGCACUGAGCCAGGAGGAGGAGCUAAUGUCCUUGCAGAUGAAGCAGCAGAGGGUGGAGCUCGACCACGGCACACCCCUUCCAACACGUGGUCUCCUCGGCGACCUGGAGCCCCUGAGACCACCCGUGUGCCCGCCAGACUACACUCUGGCGCUACGGCGGGCCCCCGAGGAUGUGCCACUCAUGACGGCUAACGCACUUUCCAUGAUCCCCAGCACCAUCACUGGCAUGCAGCCCCUCCAUGCAUUCAACACUUACCCCCCUGCCCCUGCACCAAGUGCUGGGCACAGCAACAACGCCCUGCCCCACCAGCACUCCACCACGCGAGUAUAGUGACCCCUCUGAGGGGACCAGGCCCCCCAAACGCAUAGGAACACAGACCUCCGGUACUAAGAGUGGUGCUCUACACGAAUACUGUCCAACCCACCGCUCCUGUCCUUUUUAAGUCCACUCCCAGCACACACUGUUUCUCUCUCGUUCUUUCUUGUUUUACUCUUCCUGCUCCUCUUGUUCUUGGAUUGAGUAGCGGAGAAGGUUUUGGGUGGAGAAACGUCAUUUUCCCCACUCAAUACAGCAGCUAUCCCCUCCCCUGUUUUCUUUUUUCUUUUCUUUCUUUUUUUACUCACGUUACAUUGCCGUCUUUCUCUUUCUUUUCCUUUUUUUCUUCCCUGACAGUCUUCUGCUCUUCUGUAGCUGUUUCUAGUCCCCCAAAAAAGAACAGUUUUUCCUACUUCGGACUGUUUUAUAAAUCAAGAAAACAUACGUGUAUAAUAUGUAUUAUUGAUAACCUUAUAAGGCUAUGAAUGAAAAAAAAGAUUCUACUAUCUAAUUUUUACCAGCAUUCUUGUGCCAAGUACUGUGAUCAUCGUCCAAUCAGACGCAGUCUUGUGGACGGACGUGGAGAGAAUCGCCUGAACUGGAUUUAUUCAAGGAAUUUGCAGAAUUGAGAAAAAAAGUGCCAAAUUUGUUUUUGUUUUCUUUGGUCUCUUUCUCGUUUUUAUGUUUGUUUUUGCUUUUUGUUCUGCACUGUCACUGUUAUUUGCCUAUGGGGAGAAAUGAACAACUAGAUACAACUACUACAAAUAUAUAUAUAUAUAUAUAUAAAAAGUAAAGAUAUAGAAUAAUUAAAUUUAUACCUUGAUUGCGCUUUGGGAAAUUUGCAUGAUUUAUUUUUUAAGAGGAAAAUGGAUAUCUUGAAGAGAAUUUGUUCCGCAUUUGAGAUUCAAGACUCUUGAUUAUUUGUCUUUUUAUUGUUGUCUUUUUCUGCAAUAGUCUUCUCUCUCUUCCU